AUGGCCUGUGAGCCCCAGAUGGAUCCUGGAGGGGUGGCCAGCCCAUUGCCCACCUCUUCCCCUGGCUGGAGUGCUCUACCUGUGGGAAACCCUCCCGGUUGGGGGCAAGAACUUGGUAAUGGCCAGGUCCUCACAGUUCUCCGGAUCGACAAUACCUGUGCACCCAUCUCAUUCGAUCUGGGAGCUGUAGAAGAACAGCUGCAGACCUGGGGUAUUCAGGUCCCCGCUGACCAGUACAGGAGCUUGGCUGAGAGUGCACUUCUGGAGCCCCAAGUGAGAAGAUACAUCAUCUACAACUCGAGGCCCAUGCGACUAGCCUUCGCUGUGGUUUUCUACGUGGUGGUGUGGGCCAAUAUCUACUCAACCAGCCAGAUGUUUGCUCUGGGGAAGCACUGGGUGGGUGUGUUGCUUGUCACUCUGGCUGCCGUGACCCUGACCUUGACCCUUGUGUUCAUCUUCGAGAGACAGCAGAAGAAGGCUAACACCAACACGGACCUCAGGCUGGCAGCUGCGAACGGAGCCCUCCUGAGACACCGUGUGCUACUAGGGGUUACAGACACGGUGGAAGGCUGUCAGAGCGUGAUCCAGCUCUGGUUUGUCUACUUCGACUUGGAGAACUGCGUGCAGUUUUUGUCUGACCAUGUUCAAGAAAUGAAGACUAGCCAAGAGUCCUUGUUGAGAAACAGAUUGAGCCAAUUAUGCGUUGUCAUGGAGACUGGGGUGACCCCCAGGGUGGUGGAGGGGCCGGAGAACCUGGUGGAGGAAGCUCCUCUCCUGCCCAGUAGCCCUCGUCCCACGGAGAGACCACUCUUGCAGACUGAAUUCCGUCAGCUUGUUCCUGAGGGUGAACCGGAGGAAAUGGCUCGACAGUUGCUGGCGGUGUUUGGUGGCUACUACAUCCGGCUCCUGGUGACCUCUCAACUCCCCCAGGCAGCGGGGACACGACACACAGACUCUGUGAAGUCUCCAUGCCCCUGCCAGCUCAUAGAAACCCACAUCUUGGGCACAGGGUGCUGCCCGUUCCUGGCCAGGUGA